AAGCUCGACAACAACAAGGCGUUGUCGAAGUUUGUGCGCCGUCUCGAGAAGUCGUGCGUCGAGACCGUCGAUGACGGACACAUGACCAAAGACUUGGCCGGUUGUAUACAUGGACUCAAAAACAUCAAAGAAGGCGACUAUUUAUAUACAAUGGACUUCUUGGACGCGAUUGUCGAGAAUCUUGAGGACAAACUCGGAGACGCCGACAAAUGAUCCGACGAUACGAUUAAAUGCAUUAAUAAUUAAAAACAACUUUUUAUUAGAAAGAAAUUCUCAUUUUUCAGACAUAUUUUUGCAGUAAUUUUUUCCUUUUCGGUCGGAAUUGCAUAAUAAUUAUUGAAAAUUAUAUUUUUUAGUCUUUAAUCUCUUUCUAUUGUUUUAAAUCAUAAAUUUAGUUGAUUUUAGUUUAGGAAAAACAAUAUACACAAUGAAUUCAUUAAUUGUAAUUUUCAAUAUACUGUAUAAUUGAGUCAUCGAUUGCUGGGAAACUUAUAAAUUGUAUGUUUUGUUUG